AGAGUUGGCAAGCCCAGUCUUCAGCGUCUAAAUUUGCUAGCACCUGCACCAGUGAUAGAUCUAACAGUCAUAAACUGCACAGUGAAACGCAUACUAGAACAUAAAUGAAUAUUAUUGUAGAUCUGUAAAAAAUUUCACGCUAGGUUUUGAGACUUACGAGGAAGUUGUGCGACUGCGAUUUUGGAAUCACACCGACAGGGUCAACUCAGGUAACGUGAAUUUAGCCAACGUUACUGUCGUGUUCGUGGGUCCGUCACUCAACCAACAUGCAGAGUUUGAAUAUUUUGUGUCGCAAUGCGGCUAAGCGGGGUCAGGUGAUCCCUUCCAAGCUUCAAGGAGUGACGACAGUGUGCGCAAGAACAUAUGCCGAUGCUCCAAUUGACGCAGAUGUCACUGUGGUGGGAUCGGGCCCUGGGGGCUAUGUGGCCGCCAUCAAAGCAGCACAGCUGGGAUUUAAGACAGUGUGUGUGGAGAAGAACGCCACCCUAGGAGGGACGUGUCUCAAUGUGGGUUGCAUCCCCUCGAAGGCUUUGCUGAAUAACUCACACUAUUAUCACAUGGUCCAUGGAAAGGAUUUUGAAAGCAGGGGAAUAGAGGUUACUGGAGUGAAGUUGAACCUGGAGAAGAUGAUGGCCCAGAAGUCUGGAGCAGUUAAAGCGUUAACAGGUGGCAUCGCUCACCUCUUCAAACAGAACAAGGUGACCCAUGUGAAUGGCCUUGGAACAAUAACAGGACCCAAUGAAGUCACAGCAACAGGCAGUGACGGAAGCAAACACGUCAUCAACACCAAACACAUUCUUAUCGCCACCGGGUCAGAGGUUACCCCAUUCCCUGGGAUAGAGGUUGACGAGGAGACUGUGGUGUCGUCAACAGGAGCGCUCUCUCUGAAUAAGGUUCCAGAAGAGCUGAUAGUAAUCGGUGCAGGUGUCAUUGGAGUGGAGCUGGGUUCGGUGUGGCAGCGCCUGGGCUCCAAGGUGACGGCGGUGGAGUUCCUGGGCCACGUGGGGGGGAUGGGCAUCGACAUGGAGAUCUCCAAGGGCUUCCAGCGCAUCCUGCAGAAGCAGGGCCUCAAGUUCAAGCUGGGCACCAAAGUCAUGGGUGCCACCAGACGCCCCGACGGCAAGAUAGACGUGGCUGUGGAGGCUGCAGCUGGCGGUAAGGCAGAAACCCUGAGCUGUGACGUGCUGCUGGUGUGUAUCGGCCGCCGGCCCUUCACACAGAACCUCGGCCUGGAGAAGGUGGGCAUCCAGCUGGACAACAGGGGACGCAUUCCCGUCAACAACCGCUUCCAGACCCAAGUACCCAGUAUCUAUGCGAUAGGCGAUGUGAUCGCGGGCCCCAUGUUGGCUCAUAAGGCGGAAGAUGAGGGCAUCAUCUGUGUGGAGGGCAUGGCGGGCAGCACCCCCCACAUCGACUACAACUGCGUGCCCUCCGUCAUCUACACACACCCUGAGGUGGCAUGGGUGGGCAAGACUGAGGAGCAGCUCAAAGAGGAGGGAGUUCCUUUCAAUGUGGGCAAGUUCCCAUUUGCUGCAAACAGCCGGGCGAAGACCAAUGCAGACACAGACGGCUUGGUCAAGAUCCUCGGCCACAAGGAGACAGACCGCAUCCUCGGAGCACACAUCAUGGGCCCGGGUGCAGGAGAGAUGAUCAACGAGGCAGCGUUGGCCAUGGAGUACGGCGCCUCCUGUGAGGAUGUGGCCAGAGUCUGCCACGCCCACCCGACGGUGUCAGAGGCUUUCAGAGAGGCUAACCUUGCAGCUUCGUUUGGGAAGGCCAUCAACUUCUAAAGCUUUUACCAUCCAUACUGGUCAACCACGCACACUCUCUCUCUCUCUCUCACACACAAACACUAAACCCUCUCUACACUACAGCAUCUGCAGGAGAGGUGUUAGUGUUGAGAGGCAAAGGGAAUGAGUGAGAUGUUAGCACCCCUCUAUGGUAGCACUGUGCCUAGUCAUAUAUAACCCCUCAGCCAGCGCUAACAGUUUCUGUUACAGAGUAUACAUGUACAUAUAUAUGAGUGUUUACUGAGAGAGAGAGAGAGAGAGAGAGAGAGAGAGAAAUAAUAUGAGAAGAUGAAUGAAAAUGUGUGUAAAGGUCAGGAACUGCUAUAUGUUGUAAUAAGGCUAGAAUAGAAUGUUUUGUAUGAUGUACAAGGUAUGUAUGUAUGUGUCUACAUGUACAGCUAUGCAGAAAUAAAAUAUAUCAAGUUUAA